GGCGGAACUGAUCAUUGUAUUGCACACCUCUAAAAAAAAACACUGCCUCUGAUUUAUCAAUAUAAAAAAGAUCCUCUGAGAGGAGGAGGGCGCUUCUGUGUGAUGGCAACUUCACUUCUAGGGGAAGAACCGAGGUUGGGAUCCACUCCUCUGGCCAUGCUUGCUGCUACCUGUAAUAAGAUCGGCAGCCCCAGCCCGUCUCCCUCCUCCCUGUCGGACAGCUCUUCUUCUUUCGGUAAAGGCUUCCACCCUUGGAAACGCUCCUCGUCUUCCUCCUCCGGCAGCUGCAACGUAGUGGGUUCCAGUCUCUCUAGCUUCGGCGUGUCGGGGGCCUCCCGGAACGGCGGUUCGUCCUCGGCCGCAGCGGCGGCGGCGGCGGCCGCGGCGGCGGCGGCGGCCCUGGUGUCCGACUCGUUUAGCUGCGGAGGCUCGCCCGGCUCCAGCGCCUUCUCUCUCACCUCCAGCAGCGCCGCCGCAGCGGCAGCAGCUGCCGCGGCCGCCGCUUCCAGCUCGCCCUUUGCCAACGACUACUCUGUGUUCCAGGCCCCGGGCGUCUCAGGGGGCAGCGGCGGCGGCGGCGGGGGAGGCGGCGGCGGUUCCGGAGCGCACUCGCAGGACAGCUCCCAUCAGCCGGUGUUCAUCUCCAAGGUGCACACGUCGGUGGACGGACUGCAAGGCAUCUACCCGCGCGUGGGAAUGGCGCACCCGUAUGAGUCGUGGUUCAAGCCCUCGCACCCGGGCCUUGGUGCCGCGGCCGACGUGGGCUCCGCGGGCGCCUCCAGCUGGUGGGAUGUGGGCGCGGGCUGGAUCGACGUGCAGAACCCCAAUGGGGCAGCAGCGCUGCCCGGCUCUCUGCACCCGGCCGCCGGGGGCCUCCAGACGUCGCUGCACUCACCGCUGGGAGGCUACAACUCGGAUUACUCCGGCCUGAGCCACUCGGCCUUCAGUAGUGGUGCCUCGUCGCACCUGCUCAGCCCUGCAGGACAGCACCUCAUGGACGGUUUCAAGCCCGUAUUGCCCGGCUCGUACCCGGAUUCCGCCCCUUCGCCGCUGGCCGGCGCGGGCAGCUCUAUGCUGAGCGCGGGGCCCGCGGCGCCCCUAGGGGGGUCUCCACGCUCUUCUGCGCGCCGCUACUCCGGCCGCGCCACCUGCGACUGCCCCAACUGCCAGGAGGCUGAGCGUCUGGGCCCAGCGGGAGCGAGCCUGCGUCGCAAAGGGCUGCAUAGCUGCCACAUCCCAGGCUGCGGCAAGGUGUACGGCAAGACGUCGCACCUGAAGGCGCACCUGCGCUGGCAUACGGGCGAGCGGCCGUUCGUGUGCAAUUGGCUGUUCUGCGGUAAGCGCUUUACGCGCUCCGACGAGCUGCAGCGGCACCUGCGGACCCACACGGGCGAGAAGCGCUUCGCCUGCCCGGUGUGCAACAAACGCUUCAUGCGCAGCGACCACCUGAGCAAGCACGUGAAGACACACAGCGGUGGCGGCGGCUCGGCGGGCUCCGGUGGCGGCAAGAAGGGCAGCGACACCGACAGCGAGCACAGCGCGGCGGGAAGCCCGCCUUGCCACUCCCCUGAGCUUCUGCAGCCUCCAGAGCCCGGCCACCGCAAUGGCCUGGAGUGACUGUCGCAAUGCCUCCCACCUGAGUCCCGUCGGGCUUGUGUGCCUGGACUGGGCUCUAGUCUAGGCUAGCUGUCUCGCUCUCUUUCCCCCAACUUCCCAUUCUCCCCCUCACCGGGUUUCCGCUCUUAAAUUUUAUUAAAAGGAUGUGGACAGUAAGUAGCACACAUCGGUGGCUGGAUCCUUGGCUCCCUUCUGCACGGGGACAGCCAUGCGGGGCGCAGUGGGAACCGGCUCCUCCAGCUCUGGGCUGGCGGAACUUUGAGGAGGCUGCAGCCUCUGGAGUUAGGACAGGAUUAAUGGGGUUGUCUGGUAGACCACCGGCUUUUGCGGCCUUGGAAAGAACAGUGCUCAAUCGGCUUGAGCCGCAGCUGUUAGGGAGAGGGAUGCGGGAGUCCAGAUAAGGAAUCCCCUCCUGGACGCCCCUUGGACGACUGUCCCGUGAUGAGCACUACACUGGUGGGAGGACUACUGCACCAGACCGGGUUAGCAGAGUUUAGAUCUACCCAUUCAGCUCUCUGCCUAAGUCUUUGUGCCCUGCGGGUGAACCGAUGAGAGUUCUGCGAACCGGAAUCAAUGCGGCCACCCUGGUCUUUGUAACUUUUUAUUUUUUAACUGAAAAACUGAGAGGAAAAAAAUAAACAAGCAAUCUUCCUCUUAGCUUCCCGUUUAGAUAGUUCCCCUCUGCUUGCGAGCACGUCUUUCUCUCCAAACUGCUAAUAUUGAUCCCAAAGUUAUUUUGAUCACCGUAACUUAUGGGGUGGGGGCGGGAGUGAGGGUAGGUGUCUUUUCUUAUGCAAAAAUACCCCCUUUCCGGUGAGACCAGAUUAACCAUCUUCGUAUUUGUCCUUUUCUACCUCGUUUUUUUCACCAUUCCCAAGCAUAUUCCCCCAACCUCCCACACCACCGCCACUUUUGGGUUAGUCCAGGAGUCAAUUUAACCUACUGAUUUCUGUAAAUUAUUUGCAAGUCAUCGAAUAUUUUAAGGAUUAAACUUUUUUCUUUGUGAUUUAAACUCAAGUGAAGAAGCUAUUGUUUAUUUCAGUUGAGGCUGUAGUUUAAAUGCCAAAAGAGGGAAAUGGGGAAACAUUUUUUUUUUAAUUCUUUGUAAAAUAUAUCUGAACCUAAUGGUUUGUACAACUGGAAAAUCGUUCUAGAUUAGUUUCCCAUUAAACAUGACUCCGCCUGUGUGAGGUGUGAGGUACAUUGUCCAGGAGACGAUUUUGUAUAGUAUUUUUCUUGUACAUUACUUCCGGUAAAUAUUUGAAAAUAUAUUGAAGUAAACUUGAUUUUUUUUUCUUUUUCGUCAGAAGGAACUAUUAAGAGUUAUUGCUGAGGUUCUGAUGAACUGCAGGUUUUUUGUUUUUGUUUUUGUUCUUUUUCCUGAACUCAAUUCUGGAGGUGCAGAGCCACACACGCACUUUCCGGGCCUAGUUUUGCUCGAAUAUGAAUUUAGAUAGGUAUCAAGCUGUAUCUAAGACACUAUUUGAUAAAUGUUGGAUGACAUUUAAUUUAAUGGCGCAUGUACUUAUUUGCAUUUGCUGGCAGUUCAGGUAUAGUUAAAGUGAGAGUUCUCCUAUACUUCAUAAUAACGGGGUCUGCCAAACCCAUGUAUUAAAUAAAUUGUCCAAGUGAUACUCGA